AUGAGUGUGAGUUUGGUGUACUAUGCUGUAUCCUACGGUUCAGUUGAUCUUGGUUGGAAUCCUUAUCUGACUUUUGCUUUGACUGGUGUUAUUGAAUUUCCUUCAAAUUUUGGUGCCGUCUGGGCGGCAGAUAGGUACAGUGUUAAAUGUUUAUGUUCGUGACCACAUAACUCAUAAGGUCGAUUUCCAUUUCACCCGUAUGGUAUAUCGUAGCAUUUUCUGUUGUGUAACUAAUUUUCUGUUGUGUCAUAAUAAUAUACAUAAAAUAUACUCGACUGUGAUUGAUUGAUUGAUUUCAGUGCAGUUAAUCUCAAAUAACAGCAGUGCAAAAUUUGUAAUCACAGUGCAAUAUUUUUUUAUCACUGUGCAAUUUUUGUAAUCACAGUGCAAUUUUCUGUUAUCACAGUACAAAAAUCUGUAACAAACUGAUCUGAUUGGUGGAAAACAAUAUCAACAAUUCAGUUUAAAGCAGUCCUCAAGUAACGGUCACAGAUUGCUUCAAAACAAAACAAACAUGGCGCCGCGCUGCAUAAAGUAAACUAAGUUGACUUCGGGUAGAAAAUAUGGUUUUUAUCUUUUUUCAAAUGGAAAAGCCUUCAUCGUAAUUUAAAAAAUGAGUACCAAAACUUGCAUAGUUGAGUGGAUUUUCAAGCCGUUACCGUUGUAUAUAAUGUGACAUAACAAAGCAGCAAAACUUUGUCAGUGGACGGUUCCGGUAUAAACGUAUGUAUAUUAUUAAUACGUAAUAGGAUGGUUUCUCGUGAAAUUUGGAUAAAACAAACACUCGUGAGUUUUUCAAAGUCCUCAAAUAGCACUGGUCUGCUAUUUUGAUGCUCUACUUUGAUGCUCUGAAAAGUUCACUAGUGUACGUUUUAUCCAAAUUGCACUCGAAACCAUCCUAUUACCUAUUCUUAGUGAAGAAAUCAGAAUAUAGCAUUUUGACAUUUUAAUAGUAUCGACUGACCAGAAAGAGUUGUUUCAAAAACAGACCUAGGCCAAUGUUAGUAUCCUCCUCCACAGCUUCGCGUCGGCAGAAAACAUUGACCUCGGUCUGAAUAUUUAUUCAUUCUUGUAAGCAUAUACUCUGGAGGAGGACAGUGUUUUUCGCGCAAUUUCACUGGUUGCUCAGCUCCGAAUAUCCUUGCAUAAUUCAUUUCCAGACAAAAGCAAGAUGGCUUCCUGCCUCGUUCUGGUUACAGACAAGCACAUUUUUGUACUAAACGAAGGUGCGGCGUCGCCUAACAUAAAGAAAGCCACACAGUUGUGUUAGACAGUGUGUGGAGGUAUUCUUUCGGUGACUGUUUUUGCACUUUUUAUUUUUUACCGACUUCGGUGAAUAAUUUAAAUAUCAUCCAAUAAUUGUUCAUUAUUAAUAAUAUACAAGGUGCAUAUAAUUCAUUUUCCUAUUACAUAUAGGUAUGGUCGAAAGAAAACUACAGUAGUUAAUUUAAUUGCUGCUUCUAUUGCCUCAAUUGUUGCUGUCAUGAUUCCUUCUGAACAAAGUAGAAAAGGUAUACAUUUCACAACAAAUAUUACCACACAUAGCAAAGUGCAGCAUGCAUGUUAGUGUUAUUCACAACUUCGGUCUGAGGUCUCACAUUGGCGGGCACACAAAAGUAUAAUUUAAUGCACUAAUAAUUGUAGUCUGCUUUAUGAAAAUGGAAGGAUCGAACUGCAAUAUCCUCAGUGACAAUUAGACCUCCAAAAUUUGAGUUCAGUCCAAAACACAAUUCAGUUUAGAAUCAGGUGUAAAGGGUAUCAGAACAAUCAUCUUGUUAGAAAACAACUUAUAUAUUGUCCCAAGAAUUUGACCUUAAUGUACGUUCUGAACAGUUAAAAGUUUUACGAACUAUAUGGUAGUUAACUAGUAGUUAAUGAACUCUAAAAUACGCUUUAGUUAACUCUAAAUAACUUUCGCACUAACCGUAUAGUAACUUCAGUAACUUUUUUAAACAACCACCUCCCGGGAACGGGUUGCCUUCGCUUUGUGUCACUUUUGCCAAUCUUUGCUCAUUGAAAUUCGGUUACGUUUCCUGCAGGAUCUGCGAGCAAAACCUGCUGCUAUAAAACUCUUGAAUUUUUUACAUUUUACUCAAGUUGCAAAAUGUGGGGUUCUGCAUGUAAGUUAAAUUAUUUUGGGGUUUCGGGUGGAUUUUGUCGGGCGCGCGCGGUUGGUUUCUUCCGGUUACCCUGGAAAUCCUCUUCCUCAUACGAUAACUGACGAUGGUUGACACUCGUCCCAUGCAGUACUUCAAUAUGAUAAAGACAUCUAAUUCAUUCUUCAGCGUCAAUAAAUACAAUCUUCCGAAUUAUAAUGGCAGUAUUUGCAAAGUUUUUCAUCACCAACGCUUACUCAUGUGUACUUGUUUGGACGGCAGAGAUGUUCCCAACAUUCGUAAGGUUAGUAAUGUUAUUGCAAGUCCAGCUUAAGACAUCAUGCGAAAAGAAACUCAGACUAUUUUAAACAGAGGGGUUUUUCGUCUCCCUGUUUUUGUGUUGUCACACUGAAUAACGUUUUUGUGAUUUCACUAACAGGAACAUGGCUUUAAGCUUUGGUCAAAUGGCUACCAUAGUGGGCUCUAUUUCUGCAAGUUAUGUCAUUUGGCUGGUUAGUAUAAUGUAAUUAAUUUUACUUUGAUGAAAGUAAAUACUUCAUGUAAAUUAGUAUAUUUCAUCCUUUACUCUGACAGAAUUUUGUGUAAGGUACUUGACAUUGGAGCAGUCUUGUUUGGUCCAAAUUAACAGUAAAAUACCAUUGAAAACAAUGUGAAAUAGGUUAAAUAAUAGUAAGACCAGUAAAGACAAUCUUUAUUUUAUGGCAACUGCCCAUACAAAUUGCAGCAUUUCGAUUGAUUCCUCAUGCAUGUACGGAUCGCUGCGACCGCUCGCGAAGAAAAUCUUAACAAUUAUACUCUUUUUCCAGUAAAAAACCCACAAUAAAUAUGAAACCUUGGUAAAUUUUAUUUUGAAAUGACUUAUUAUUCUACUAUUCUAUGUUGCUUACAAGUAUAAAAACGCCUAUUAUAUACUUACUUGCCGCCAUUGUCAUUAAACGGCUUUUUUUGCGUGAAUUAAUAAACCUAUUGAAGCUGCACUCAAUGAAACUCCUCUGUGUUCUAUUUUUAUGAUCUUAAUUAAAUCAGAAAAUUUGUUGUCGUCGUUUUAUCCUGGUCAAAAUUUGUUUACAGAAACUAAACAUCCUGCGAUUUUAACUUCAAAUGGUGCCGUUGUUACUUGUGUGAACAACUUAUUGAACACUCUUGUUUUUAGCCAUAUAAUAAAAGAAUAUUGACGAUAUUAAUUGUUUAUUCAGUCCGUACAGUAGCAUAUUUGUCUCGCCCUUUUUUCGUUUGUAUAUGGACGUCGACCGAGCCACGCAGUAAAUUUAUACCAGAGGCCGGUUGUAUAAAAUUCUUAAUCACUUUUUUAAUCACUAUUUUGUAGUUAAAUAGUGAUUAACUCUUAAAUAGGCGCUUCUUAUUGGAUGACAGUUGCAUUUAAUCAUAGUUAACUUUAAUCACUUUUUUAUACAACCGGCCCCUGGUUGUGCUCACAGGAAGACAAUUAUUUUUACCAGUCCUGUCUCAUCAUUUUGCAGUAAAGCAUUUUGAAAAUGUUUAGAAUCUUUUUGAAAUGCGCAUUUUAGAUCAAUUGUUUCAUCAACGGUAAUUAUUAACUUUUGAAAAAAAUAAUUUUGACAGAAUAUUCGUUUUCUCUUUCAGAUAAGAAUUCAUACGAUGCUUCCAUUUGGAAUCAUGGCAUUCUUCUGUUUGCAGUCUUCCAUCGUCGCCAUGCUCCUACCCGAGACAAACGGCCAGGCCACUCUGGAGACCAUCCAAGAUAUGGAACCGAAAUCAGUACCGACAUUGAAGGAAAUUGGAAAGGAUAAUUGCAUUGCGAAGGAAAAUUUUGAACUAGGUUAA